UGUCAAAACAAAAUUAAUAGCUACGAACUGUGACUGACACGAACAUUGAUUAAUUUUUAUUACCAGAAAAUUUUCGCCACAAUUAUUUGCUUAAAAAAAUUUACAACUAAAAAUUAUUAUACCAUUUAAUACUCAUACAUCAAAUCAGAUAUGUCAAUAGCGCGUGUGCCCCAAUUACGUAUAGUACAACGUGACCUCAAAUGCCGUCAAGGCUGUGGAUUUUAUGGCAAUGCCCAAUUUGAUGGACUGUGCUCCAAAUGUUUUCGUGAACGGAACGAUAAAAGAAAGAAAGCAGAGCAGCGUGCACUCCCUGCAACUGCAAAUGCGGCUAAUACCGGUGCCACCAGCACAGCUGGGCGAUUGUCCCCACAGAAUCUCUUGGGGCGAGUGCCAAACAAGAGGCAGGACAGUAUGCCGGAAAUAUCGACAGGUACACUUACUAAGAAGAAAUCACUUGUGCCCGCUGUAUUUCAAAAAACUCUUCAAUCAAACACAUUGAAGAGUAAAAAGUCAAAACAAGACGGUCAUUUAGGUCAAAGAUCUUAUAUACCCGACCCCACCGAGAGCCAAUUUAUGCUACAACUACGACAACUACGCAUACCUGAUGAUGGCAAACGUAAGCUAAAAAGCGAAAUUCAACGGCUAGAUAAUGCCAUACGUAGCUAUAUGAAUAAUAGUGCUAAUAAGAAUGUGGACGAGCUGUCAGAGUUGGUACAAAAUGCAUACACCAAACUUGCGGAUAUUGUGCACAACGACCAGCGUUUCCAAAUUGCCACCGACGAAGACCGUGAAAGUGCAAUCGACUUCUUUGAAAAAGUUGUCAUGACACAGAAUCACAAAUUUCUCUUUAGUCCGUACUUUACGGCUGAUGAAGAAAACGAUGUAAAAAUACAAAAACGUAUACGUCAACUCAGUUGGAUAACGGCAAAACAUUUAGUAUGUAGCAUUGAUGAAGUUAAUGCGGAGUCGCGAGACCUAGUUUACAAUGCAAUAACAGAAUUGGUAGGAAUCGAUUCUUAUUACUCACCACAAGAGAAGUUGGAAUGCACAGUACGUUGUUGUCGCCACAUUUUCGAAUUGCUGAAGCACUCAGUUGGAGGUCCAGCAAGUGCAGAUGAAUUUCUUCCUGCUCUCAUUUUCGUAGUGCUAAAAGCAAAUCCUGUGCGGCUGCAUAGUAACGUAAAUUUUGUAACACGCUUCACUAAUGCAUCACGGUUAAUGAGUGGCGAAGGUGGUUAUUAUUUUACUAAUCUAUGUUGCGCGAUCACUUUCAUUGAGAAUUUAAAUGGGGAAGAUCUGUGUAUCUCGGAAGAAGAAUUCGAUUCGCUCAUGUCAGGAGAUAAAGCGUUCAGUACGCCUUGGGAAAGCGCUUUGUUGGCAUGUGAGGGCUUACAUUUAAUAUCGGAAAAUAUGAAGCGCAUGGAAUCACUAAAAAAACGAAAUACUAGCAUUGCUACGGGACUUGAUAAUUUUCGUAAGGACCUCGAAGAGUUUCAGCGGGAGAUUACCGAUAGAGUGGAUGCUUGCAUUGCAAAAGCGCCUCUAACUAUUCUGCCAAUAAAAACCCCAACACACUUAAUCAGUAAAGCAAGAGCUCAUCUGGCGAAUGGAAAUGAUAUAGCAUUGCAGACUGCUGAUUCAUUAGGCCAUUAUAGUGCUAAUUUGAUUUCUGCAAUAAGUGCCGAUGAGAAAACGCAGAAAGAUAGUACGACAAAUACACUCCCUACGCCUUUAGUUCCAAACAGUACAAAUCAAAUAGUUGAUAUAUUAGAGGACGCAUCGCACACUUUGGCGCUAAAAGACACUAGUAUUACAUCGAUUGGACGGUUAUCGCCAUUGCCACCAGCACAACCAAACCCAGAGCUACAAUUUACUUCUCCAAUUUUUAAUUAUACACCAUUUGAUGCCAUUUCGCUACUUGAAGAUCACUCCGAUUCGACUGAUGAUUAUUUAAUUAACACGGAUUUACGUGGCGGUCUUACAAAUGUUAAUUAUGAUUUUGAUUUGUCCGAUCACAGUGGUGAAAACAGUGUAGCAGAAGAUUUGAAAUUAAAUUUGGAAGAAUUCGAUCCUCUUGCACAAAAGUCUGCUGCUGAAGGUGAUCAACAAGCAGCAGACACAACUGAAAACACAGCUGAACGUAGCUUAUUGGACAGUGAUUCGCCCACAAAUGGCACAUUGCUGCCAUCGCCACUGAAACCAACGGUAACUGACUAUCGUGGCUUCUCGAGUUUCGAAAUACCAUCAAUAUCCUGUAAUACUGGCGAUUUUGCGUCACUAAAUCAUUCUAUCAAUGAAAGAGAUGUUAACUUGGAUACAACCAGCACUGUAAUUGAAAAUAGCAAAGCUAACUGAUUCAAAACAGGCGAAUUUUAUAAUGGUGUGAUAAAUGUAUUAAUACAGUAAUUUGGAUUCUAAUUGCAUAUAAUAAAUAAAAUGCUAAUGUAAUACA